CAGUGGAUGGAUUGGCAGAGAGGGGUAGCAGACACUGAAUGGAGGUCCUUGGAGGGAUUGGCAGAGAGGGGUGGACGACACUGAAUGGAGGCCAGUGGAGGGAUUGGCAAAGAGGGGUGGAGGACACUGAAUGGAGGCCAGUGGAGGGAUUGGCAGAGAGGGGUGGAGGACACUGAAUGGAAGGCCAGUGGAGGGAUUGGCAGAGUGGGGUGGAGGACACUGAAUGGAGGCCAGUGGAGGGAUUGGCAGAGUGGGGUGGAGGACACUGAAUGGAGGCCAGUGGAGGGAUUGGCAGAGAGGGGUGGAGGACACUGAAUGGAGGCCAGUGGAGGGAUUGGCAGAGUGGGGUGGGGGACACUGAAUUGAGGCCAGUGGA